AUGGCUCCACCUCACACCAGCAAAAAGACUAGCACCACCUCCCAAGCGACCUCCCGCCGUGGCACGCGUCAAGUCAAACAACAUGUGGAGAACUACGAGCUUGAAGCGGAAGCCAUCGACGAUGACAACGAUGCUGUUGAUAUGGACAUUGACAACGCUGAGGUCGACGAACUGGCCGAAGCAGCUACGACCGAGGCUUCCCAGGAUGGGUCCCAGCCGAACUCGGUGCAGGAGUUGUUGCGGAGCAUGCAAGCCGAUCAACACAAACGCAACGAGAUCCGCAAGAAAUCCGUAUACAAAGCUUAUAAAGAAGCCCACGCCAGCACGCAAGAAGCCAUUACCUCGCACUUCGACGAGCAUGAAAUGGCCCGCCUGAAAGAGCUUCUCAAGAUGAAAGCCCAGAUUGAGGCCACCAUGGCGGAGAAGCUAGUCGCGCUGCGCAAGGACUAUGUCUACCAUUCUAAAGCGCUCGAAAUGGUCGUUGAACAUCGCAUGAAGCAGCUAAACUGA